AUGUCCGACUCAGAGUCUGAGGUUGGCAGUGAAGUCACAGACGGCUCGUCUUAUGACAGCUCAGAUGAAAGCAUAGCGGUGCCCGCAGCCCUUCCUCAGUUUGUCCAGAAGUUCAUUGCAUUUUCCCUUGGACUGCGCCUCUUGCUGUCCACCAUCAUGAACACAGCAGGGAAAGUAGUUGUCACCAUACUACUAGGGCUGGCAGGCAUUGCUCUGCCCUCCCUGACCUCAGUGGUGUAUUUCGGGACGUUCCUGGGCCUGGUGUGGUGGUGGGUUUUUCUCCACUCCUUCAGCUUGCUGCUCUUCGGUACCCUCUGUGUGAUGAUGGCUAUAUUCAGCGCCGGUCACCUGUUGAGCCUCUACCUGUACCAGCUCCCCCUGGCCCAACAGAUCAUACCCCCACAGGACAUCUACGCCAGGCUGUUUGGUAUAACAGCGAUCAUCCAAACCAAUGAGACUGAGCCAUACAGUCUGGGUCUACAGCCAGACAUCAGCUGGCCUGUCUUCACCAACCCCAUGGUACUGCUGCUCCUUUAUUACACACUGGUGGCUCUGCUGCACAAGUGGGUCAACAUCACCGAGGAAGAGGAGGAUACUCUGGAGAAGUCUGAGAGUCCAGUAGAAGCCCUUGAGGAUCCCCCCAGCUUCUCCAAGAUCUUAUUCAUCUCAGGAGACAGACUGGAGCUACUGACCAAGUCAGAGGAGUUGAAAGAGAUGAGUGAGGAAGAGAAGGAGAGGAGUGAGGUGUCGAUGAGUGAUACAGAGACUGUUCCCACCUCUCCUGGCCCCAGUGGACUGGUUGUGUUCGGCUUGUUCAUCAUGAAGCACAGCUACGUCAGCGCACUCAUCAUCAUGAUGGUGUGGAGCAUCACCUAUAACAGCUGGCUGACGUUUGCCCUGCUGGUGUGGUCCUGUCUGAUCUGGAUAAUGCGUGACCGUCGGCGCUAUGCCAUGAUGAGUGCUCCCUUCCUGGCAGUGUACGGCACCGUGCUGCUACUGCUUGCCUUCCUGAGCAGUCUGAGGCUGCGGCGGGACGAGCUUUACCCUGACCUAGCCCACGCCGUGCUGGUAGACUUUGACAUGGCCACUUACCCAGCACCCUGCAUCCACCUGGGAGCCAAGGUGUUCUACGCCUUUAGCUUCUUGCUUCUGUUCCGUCAACAACUGAAGGAGAAACAGGAAGAGCAGGAUCUGAAGGAGUCAGAAGAGUCUCUGGAUGAAGUCAAAGUGCUACCACGUCUGGACUCUUCUCCUUUUAUGCAUACUUUAUGGAUUCAAACUGAUAAAGUCACAUUCUCUAAUACAGUAACACAUGCAUUAGAAAUGAAAAUGAUAUUGUACCCAGGUGUCUGUAACAUUCUUCACUUAACAGUUUCUAUGUUGUGUUCCUCCUCUCCCUUAGCGGAUGAAGGUGACACCUCCCUCAUAAUGGAGAUGCUGGGUUCAGCGGUCAAGGGAACCCUGGUGAAGUACUGGAUCCUGUUCUGCUGCUCCAUGUUCUUUGUGGUCAGCUUCUCCGGGAAGGUGAUGGUCUACAAGAUCCUCUACAUCGUGCUGUUCCUCUUCUGUGUCGUCCUCUAUCAGAUCCGUUAUGACGUAUGGAGGCGAGUGCUAAAGUACUUCUGGGCGGUGGUGGUGGGCUACUCCAUGGUCGUCCUGAUAGCCAUCUACAUGUACCAGUUUAAGACAGUGUCUGGCCUGUUCAGACAGAUCAUGGGCAUGUCUGAGGAAGGUCUGCGUGAUCUGGGGUUGGAGCAGUACAACACUGUGGAGCUGUUUGCUCGGAUCCUCCUCCCUGCAGCCUUCCUAUUGGCCUGCAUCCUGCAGCUGCACUAUUUCAACCAGGAGUUCCUGGAGCUCACCAACCUGGACAACAUACCUGUCCGCCAGGGACAAACCAGGAUGGCGAAGGAGCAGAGUAAGCAGAUGAGUGGGGAGUCAGGACGUGUGGGGAGUCAGCACACGUUGGACAGUGACGGACUGUCUGCCUCAUCAGAGAAGAUAUCUGAGGAGGAGCGGGAGGGAACAGAGGAGCGUCUGACACAGUGGGGGUUGUUGGUGGACCGGGCCGGCCUGCUGCUGCUCCAGGCUCUGGCUGUCUUCCAGAGGGCUCAAGAGAUAAGUUGGAGGCUGCUAGAGCUCCACAGCCUCAAGAUCGUCUCUACCGGCAUCAUCUGGGUGUCCCUGCAAGAGGUGUCUCUGAUGAACUUCUUGUUUCUGGUACUGUGGGCCUUUGCCCUGCCCUUCCCCCGGGUCCGCCCCAUCGCCUCCAGUGUGUCCUCAGUCUGGGCCUGUGUCAUGGUGGUGUGUAAGAUGCUGUACCAGCUCAAGGUCAUCAAACCUCUGGAGUACUCCUCCAACUGUACCACUAGCCUGGUGUCAGUUAAUGGGACAGGGCUGGAGCUGGAGGGGAACAUGGCAGAGCUGCUGAGGAGGUCUGUACUUUAUGUGAAGCCUGUUGACCCAGCCAUAUGGUGUGGAGAGCUGCGCAAGUGUGAAGACAGGAUCCUGCCCUGUCUCAGGAACCACCUGAUGGUGCUGGGGCUGCUGGUGUUUGAGGUGACGGUCCAUAGACACCAGCUCUACUAUCGCCUCCACAAUGACCUCAAGGUCCCCACCUUCAGCAUCAUCUUCCAAGGCAUCACACGCCAGCACCUGGACCAAGGCAUCCUGCCCUGCAUCAAGUACUUCAUCAACUACUUCUUCUACAAGUUUGGCCUGGAGGUGUGCUUUGUGGUGGCGGUGAAUGUGAUUGGCCAACGGAUGGAUUUCUACGCGCUGCUGCACUCCUGUGCUCUGAUGGCUGUUCUGUCACGACGACGCAGGAAGGCCAUAGGGGAGGUGUGGCCUAAGUACUGCUGCUUCACUGCAGGACUCAUGGUGCUGCAGUACCUGCUCUGUAUCGGCAUCCCUCCCGCUCUCUGUGUCGAUUAUCCAUGGAGGACCUCAAGUCAGGCCCUGACCUCUAACCUCAUCAAGUGGCUUUAUCUGCCUGACUUCGCCAUGCGUCCUGCCCCUUACUUCAUUUUCUACGACCACCUCCUGCUCCUAUGCUCCUCGCUGCAGUGGAAGGUGUUUGAGGAGGAGAACCGUGCCGCGGUGCGCCUUAUGGGGGGGGAGAACGUGGAGAUCAGCCGCAGCUUGGACCCACGCUCCUUCAACCAGUACAUCCCUGUCAACAACUUCCUCCACUGCAGGUCCUACCUGGACAUGGUCAAGGUGUUUGUGUUCAGCUACUUCUUCUGGCUGGUGCUGUGCCUCAUCUUCAUCACAGGCACCACCCGCAUUAACAUCUUCUGCCUGGGCUACCUGCUAGCCUGCUUCUACUUCAUGCUGUUCGGGGGCAGCCUGCUCAUGCAGCCUGUACGAUACAUCCUCAGGCUCUGGGACUGGCUCAUCGGAUACACCUGUUUCGUUAUCGGCAUGAAGAACCUGUUAUCUCUUGGCUCAUGUGCUUAUCUGGACAGCCUGUUGAAGAAUGGUUGCUGGCUCAUUCAGGCCUUCAGCAUGGUCUGUACAAUCAAAGGCUAUGAUCUCCCUGCUCCUGAUGAUGAGUGUGAGCUGCCGGAGGGGGAGGCGGGUAUCGUGUGGGAUGCGAUCUGCUUCACCGUGCUCCUGGCUCAGAGGAGGGUUUUCCUCAGCUACUACUUCCUGUAUGUGGUGUCUGACCUCAAGGCCUCCAAGAUCCUGGCCUCCAGGGGUGCUGAGCUCUUUGAAGCCAAAGUGAAGAAACUGGUUGCUGCAAGACUGGAGAUGGAGAAGAAGUCUGUGGAGACGCUGAAGAAGCAGAUGGAGAAGAUCAAAUCCAAACAGAAGAGUAAACCUGGCCAAGGAGACGUAGCAGCGCCCCCUACUGAUAUAGUGCCAAAGGAAUUGGGAGUUGAGAACAACUGUGGCUACCAUCUAUUUGAGAGUGACAGUGAAGAGGAAGAGGAGGAAGUCCAGGAAAAGAAAGAGGAAGAGACACUAACAAAGAAGAAAUCUGCUUUUCAGUUAGCCUAUGAGGCAUGGGUCACAAGCUCCAAAGCAGCCCUAAAUCUGCACAAAAAAGAAGAGUCGAAGAUGAAAAAAGAGGAGAAGAGGAGGGCAAAGAGACAGCUGCAGAGACAGCAAGGCAUUGAGAGGGUCGAGUCCAGUGAGGAUGAGUUGGAAGAGGAAAAUGAAGCGGAGGAGAAAGAAAAUAUAUUUCAGAGGAUUAUCGACUCGCUCAAGUUUUUAUGGGUGUUUAUCCUGUCCCUUCUGGAUGACCUCACUGAGGGCCUGAACUCCUUCUGCAAAGAUGGCCUGGACAUCUCCAAAGUGCUACGUUUUGAAAGGGCUCUUCUAGGCCAGCAACAGAAGAAGGGGAAAGAGGUGUCACAGGAGAGCGUGAAGCGAUUCUAUAAGAACUGGAUGUCCAGACAGAACACCCUGUCCUCCCUGGAAGACCCGGAAGACAUAGUUCCCCCUGUCUCCUCCCCUCCACCUGUACCGUCAUCAGCGCGAGGUUACUCCAAGCUGAAACACACCCACUCCAAAAUAUCCUGGGGUAGCAGCUUGUCCAGCUGCAUGACGGAUGAGACCCUGCUGGGGUCUCGUCAGCCCACUCUGGAUGAGCUGGAUGACCCUCCUAUACUCCAGGCCGCUGCUGACCAACUCAGACGGAAACUACUGAAAACUACCAACCUGGACCUUGACUCAUUUGACACUGAAGACCCUCCACUAAGCCAUGAUGAUACUGUUCCCAAUAAGGAGGACAGUAAAGAAGGAGAGGAUGCAUAUGAAGAAGAGGAGGGGAAAUAUAAAGUGGAGGAGGAGUAUAGAAUGGAGAAGGAGGAAUGGAGGGAGGAAGAAGAGGAGAGGGAAAAAGCUGUGAUGCUUUCAGGAUCCAUCUCCCUGGACUAUCUGGAGUGUGAUGAGAAUAGCGAAGAUUUCCCAGACUCCUCCAGGCCUCUUAGUGAGACCAGGAACCUCACGGCCAGCGAGCUACUGCUCAACAACAUGUUUGGUAACGAGGAAAUUGAAGAGUCUGAUCAGUUCUUCCAGUCUCUCCCGAGACACCUGAGACUGGUGUUUGCCCUGUACAACACCAUGGUGUCUAAGUCAGAGAUGCUGUGCUACUUUGUGAUCAUCCUGAACCACAUGGUGUCGGCUUCACUGCUCAGUCUGAUCCUGCCCAUCCUUAUCUUCCUCUGGGCCAUGCUGUCUGUGCCACGCCCAACCAAGCGCUUCUGGAUGGCUGCCAUCAUCUACACAGAGCUGAUUGUGGUGGUCAAGUAUUUUUUCCAGUUUGGCUUUUUCCCCUGGACCACCUCGGCCUACCGAGGCAUCAAUGCGGACCGGCCCUUUGCUCUACCCAACAUCAUUGGGGUGGAGAAGAAAGAUGGCUACGUUCUCUUUGACUUGAUACAACUCCUGGCUCUGUUCUUCCAUCGCUCCAUUCUAAAGUGUCACGGUCUUUGGGAUAACAAAGAGGUUGAGAUGCCGGACUUCUUCAAGAAGUUAAAGAAGAAGACUGAGAAGAAGAAGAUGAGUGGAGGAGACAAAGCAGGGGAUCAGACAAAACUAAGACUGCCCUUCCUUCCUCUACAGGCCUCAACUGCAUCCUUGUUUUGCAGACGGGGAAAAGCCAACUCCACUGAGACAAACGAUGAUAUGCAGCUCAAAAAGCGCCACUUGAAGAAGAGGCACCACAAUAAAGUUCCCCUGACCAGGAAGGAAAGGAUCAAGAAGCUGAUCAGAGAAAGGAUGCUAGAGGCUAAAGCUGCUAUCAUAGAAGUUGCCCUGCACAUAUACCUACCUAUCAGGCAGUUCUUCUAUGACAUCAUUCACCCAGAGUACAGCCCAGUGUGUGACGUCUACGCUCUCAUGUUUCUGAUUGACGUGGUCAACUUCGUUGUCAUCAUAUUUGGAUACUGGGCUUUUGGGAAACACAGUGCUGCUGCUGACAUCACAGAUGCUAUUGGGGAGGACCAGGUCCCAUCGGCCUUCCUGGUCAUGCUGCUUAUCCAGUUUGGGACCAUGAUAGUGGACCGCGCUCUCUAUCUCCGCAAAACCCUCGUGGGAAAAUGUGUCUUCCAAGUGGUGCUGGUGUUUGGUAUCCACUUCUGGAUGUUUUUCAUACUCCCUGGGGUGACUGAGAGGAGGUUCAACAUGAACCAGGUGGCACAGUUGUGGUACUUUGUGAAGUGCAUCUACUUUGGCCUCUCAGCCUACCAGAUCAAGUGUGGCUACCCAAAUCGUGUGCUGGGAAACUUCCUGACCAAGAACUAUAACUACCUCAACCUAUUCCUCUUUCAAGGGUUCCGCCUGGUUCCGUUCCUUAUAGAGCUGCGUGCCGUGAUGGACUGGGUCUGGACCGACACCACCCUCAGCCUGGGCAGCUGGAUCUGUGUCGAGGACAUUUAUGCCAACAUUUUCAUACUCAAGUGCUGGAGGGAGUCGGAGAAGAAAUACCCACACACCCCAGGGCAGAAGAAGAAAAUGGUGGUGAAGUAUGGAAUGGGCGGCUUCAUCAUAUUCUUCCUCAUCAGCGUAAUUUGGUUCCCCCUCCUCUUCAUGUCAUUGGUCAAGUCAGUGGCUGGGGUGACCAAUCAGCCUCUAGAUGUCUCCAUUCAGCUCAGCAUAGCAGGAUAUGAGCCACUGUUCACAAUGAGUGCCCAGGAGCAGAACCUGAUGCCAUACUCAGAGGCAGGCCUCAACCGGCUCACCAACCUCUAUGCCACUCACCCGUCAGCCAUGCAGUUCCUUGUGAACUACAUGGCCGAGGACAUUGUCAUUGCAAAGAUCAAGAGUGAUGCCAGUCUACUGUGGAGCAUCAGCCCUGCCAGCCGUGAUGCUAUGAUCCAUGAACUCAGCAACUCCACCCACAUCUACAUCACCCUGCGAUGGGUACUACUCAGAAAUGCAUCUCUGUCGAUGAAUGUGGAGACUGUGGGGGAACACACUGUCAAGUAUGAGGACAGGGCCUUGAGGGACCAGAUAGUUCAGAUGCUCAAAGGGACACGCAGUGACUCUGUGGUCAUUGAGUCUCUCCUACCCAAGUUCAUCAGAGGUCCCGGAGGACUGGAGUCCAAGAUGGCCACCCGUCUGGAAGUAGAACACUCAGAUAGGCCUGAGGACCUGCAGAUGUUGGCCUUCUACCGGCCCCUGUCCAUCAAACUACAGCGGGCAGAAGACAGUGGAAGUGCAGAGGGGGGUCAGUGGUGGAUGGUGGAGGAAUGCACUCCUGGACAAGGGCACGUCCAGAGCAGCUGUCACAGCAUUGAGAUAGUAGUGUUUAACGACAAAGUCAGCCCCUCCAGCCUGGGUGCUCUAGCAGGACAGGGAAUCGUGGGCCUGUACAUGUCUGUGGUGCUGGUCGUUGGAAAGUUUGUCAGGGAAUUCUUCAACGGGAUAUCCCGCUCCAUCAUGUUUGAGGAGCUGCCGUGUGUGGAUCGGGUGUUGAAGCUCUGCACGGACAUCUUUGUUGUGCGAGAGACUGGUGAGAUGGAGCUGGAGGAAACACUUUUUGAGAAGCUCAUUUUCCUGUAUCGCUCACCGGAGACCAUGAUCAAGAUGACCAGAGAGAAGAGAGACUAGAGAGCACAAUGACAUUUUAGUUACGAAAAGGACGAUUUGUUUGUUUGUGUUCCUACUGUACAAUGCAUGCAUUUUGAAUCACUGACUACUUUUAAAUGAUUCAAAUUUUUACAAAGGAAGACCGUAGGCCAUAAUCAUAGAAAUGUGCUCCAAGUGUGAAACUAUUUAAUUGAAGUUGAGAUGCAACAUUAUGCAGUUUUAGAUACAAAUGGCUUGUAUCGAGCUUACAGAUGCACGUCUGCUCUACAGAAUGUAUUGAUCUCAACAUUCUGCAACUUUACACAUCCCACUGAACACGACCCCGUUUCAUUGCACUGAAAAGCUCAUCUAGAAGUAUUCACUCUCAUUUCACACUGCACGUCUAUGUACAGCAUUUAAUUAAAUGAAUAAAAUACAAUUCAGAGAUUAUAUCCUA